CCAACCUGUGAACACAACUAAAUGUAAACAGUAAGCUAAGCUGAUAUGAGGUUUGGCGCAGAUAUGAUGAGGAUUGGGAAUCUUGCCUUUAAGAAUUUUCGGAAUGUGCUGUUGCCACGACACAGUCUUGGGAGCUUUCCUGCUGACCAACCAAGUUGUGGACUGAAACAGUCAGUUGAGGAGAAGCUGGGAUUACCUCCUCGACCAAAAAAGCCAUUAACACCAUAUUUUCGUUUUAUGCAACAAAUAAGACCUUCUAUUAUCCAGAAAAAUCCCCAGGCAAAAGCCACAGAUAUAGUGAAGAUGGUUGCUGCUGAAUGGGAAAAAGCCGAUCAAGGUGUGCGUGACUCCUUGCAACGCAAAUUCCAUGAAGAGAUGAUGGAGUAUGCAGAAGAGUAUACACACUACCAGAAUAAACUGACAGAUAAGCAGCGGCAAGCUCUCCGUGAAGCUAAAGACCAGAAAGUGAGAGAGAAGAGAAAGAAACUUAUUCAGAAGAAAAUGCAAGAAAUGGGUAAACCAAAAAGGCCCAUGACUGGAUUUGUCAGAUUUAUGUAUGAACAGAAGGACAAACGGGGGAGCAUGCCAUUUAGGGAAUGGCAGGCAAAAGUUGCAGAGGAAUGGCAACAGUUACCUGAUAAUGAGAAGGAGGAGUACUCAAAAAAGUCACAGCGUGAUCUUGCAGACUACCAAGAACGGCUGCAAGAGUGGGAAGAACGCAUGAUUCGCCUUGGCCACAUAGAUAUAGUGCGGAAAGAAGCUCUUAUUGAGUCUCGUGAUAGUUCAAGAGGUACCCUUAGUCAUCGAUCUCACAGUCGAGAAUAGCAAUAUGCUUGCUCCAACCCAUCACCCGUGGCAUCAAAACAGAUUGUGGAAGAGUCCAUGGAACAUCAGGCAGCAGUCUGCCACAAGGAUUGUAAGUUCUUGAGGAUAUUGCAGAUGGUCUUAUUGUAGCACCAUGGUUGUUGCUGUGGGAAGCUUUCGAGCAUUGGCUGGGGUUGGAGGAGUAAGGACGACUGUCAGAAGAAAUCUCUUAAGUCACUUGCUCAUGUGCUAACUGAGUUCUGAACAUUAGUUUCCUUAGUGAAUUACCAAUUGGACAGAAUGUUACUGAAGACUAAUUUUGAAGAGAGUGUGUAUCUUGAAUCAUCAUUCCCCAGAGUAUUGUUGACAGUAGUUUUGUAACAUCCAUGAGAUCUGCACCAGAUAUGUUUGAUCAUGAGAUCAGCGCCAGAUGUGUUUGAUACAGCGUGUUUUUGAAACUGUGUAAUAAAUUACAUUGUAUAAAU